ACAGGCCUGGCCCAGCCUGCUGGGAACCAGGAUGGGGGCCUUGGCCGGGGCCCUGCCCUCUCUCCUGCUGGGAGUGCUGCUCAUGUCUGCCCCAGAGACCCUGGGUGACAAUCCCGGCCUGGUCGUCAGGAUCACCAACAAGGGCUUGGAGUACGUGGCCAGAGAGGGGCUGGUGGCCCUGCAGAAUAAGCUGCACAAAAUCACACUGCCCGAUUUCACUGGAGACGUCAAUAUCAAACACGUCGGCAGUGGGCACUAUGAGCUCUACAGCCUGGAAGUCCACAGCUGCGAGCUGCUCGGCUCUGCUCUGACGCCCCUCCCUGGCCAGGGCCUGCAUUUCAGCAUCUCUGACUCCUUCAUCAGGGUCAAGGGCAAGUGGAAGGUGCGCAAGUGGAAACUGAAACUACAGGGCUCCUUUGACCUGAAGGUUGAGGGCAUCACCAUUUCAGUCAAUCUUCUCUUGGGCAGUGAGCCCUCUGGGAGGCCCAAGGUCGCUGUCUCCAGCUGUAGCAGCCACAUCCGUGAUGUAGAGACACAUGUGUCAGGAGAUUUGGGGUGGCUGCUGAAUCUCUUCCACAGCCAGAUCGAGUCCAAAUUCCAAAGAAUGCUGGAGAGCAAGAUUUGUGAAAAGAUCGAAGACUCAGUGCCCUCUGACUUACAGCCUUAUCUCCAAACUCUGCCAGUCACAACAGAGAUUGACGAUUUCAUGGGCAUUGAUUACAGUUUAACGGAAGCCCCUCGGGCAACAGCCCAAAUGCUGGAAGUAAUGCUUAAGGGUGAAAUUUUUAGCCGUGAUCACCGCUCCCCAGUUGCCUUCCUUGCUCCUGUCAUGAGCCUUCCUGAGGAACACAGCCGAAUGGUCUACUUUGCCAUCUCUGAUUAUGCCUUCAACACAGCCAGCCUAGCUUAUCACGAAGUGGGGUACCUGAACUUUUCCAUCACAGAUGACAUGGUUCCACCUAACUCUAACCUUCGACUGACCACCAAGUCCUUCCGCGCCUUUGCCCCCCGGUUAGCCAGGAAGUACCCCAACAUGAACUUGGAGCUCCAAGGAGCGAUGGUCUCUGCGCCGUCCCUGAACUUCAGCCCUGGAAAUAUCUCCUCAGCCCCCCAGAUGGAGGUUGAGGCCUUUGUGCUGCUGCCUAACUCCAUCAGGGAGCCUGUCUUCCGGCUUGGUGUGGCCACUAAUGUGUCUGCCACAUUGACCUUCAACACCAGCAAGAUCACUGGGUUCCUGGAGCCAAGAAAGAUACAAGUGGAACUGAAAGAAUCUAAAGUUGGAGUAUUCAGUGUGGAGAUGUUGGAGGCGCUGCUCAACUACUACAUUCUCAACACCCUCUACCCCAAGGUCAAUGAUAAGCUGGAAAAAGGCUUCCCCCUCCCUCUGCUAAAGCAAAUUGAGCUCUACGACCCUGUUCUCCAGAUCCACAAGGACUUCCUGUUCUUGGGUGCCAACGUCCAGUACCUAAGAGUUUGAGGGCAGGGUGAAAGGCAGGGCCUGGAGGCCACAGCUGGACUGGCGAGUUGCAUCUCCAGAUGUGCAGCGUGUUCCUGGGGAUUCUGGGAGGAUGAAGACGUUUCUGUUAUCAGCUCUGGGGGCCUGGCCUCUGCGCCUACACUCCUCCUUUUCAGCACAUGCACCCUCACCCUCUCUGACUCUGGACUUUCCCAUCAGACCGACUACGCCCCCCCCCCAACACCCACCUCUGCUAGCUGUGUACUAUCUUUAAAAGCAGACACCUUUUUAAUUGACCAUCAGAUUCCUGUGCCUAGCAGAGUGCUGGCAGUUAGUAGGCCCUCAACAAAUAUUUAUUGAGUGGCUCAAUGAAGGAACCACCUGAUACUCUAGCUGAACCUCCCUACUGCUCACCCUUUUUUGCCUAAGGGGGUCUUUGGACCUCCAAGACUGGACCCUAAUCACACUCCCCUUUUUCAUCUUCCGCUGCUGUGGGAACCUCAAUGAGAGAACAAGGGAUUCUGUUCCGCACUCAGCCCUGAACUUGGCACUCAUGCCUGCUCUUAAGGUGCUUGUCCAUCCCAGUUUAUGGGCACUUCACGGGCUUAUUUCAUUAUGUGCUCCCUCCCUCCCUUCUUGCCUGCUGAAGACACAGGAGCCACUGGGUCUCCUGGAGCAAAAGCUCAGCCUCCUGCUGCUUUCCCCAUCGAAAGGGGUAUAAAUUAGGAGGAAAUGGAUCUGUCUAGGUUUUGGU